GCUUGUUUUAUCGAUUUAGUGCGCCAUGCUUGAUUCUUCGAGUACAUCUAUAGCGGUGAAAUAUGUUGCGUAUCUCUCGUCAAAUUUUACAAAUCCAGAACGCAUCCAAGGCAUGUGUGAGGACUAUGGCAAAGAAAAGAGAAUACACGAAGAAAACUACGAGGAAAAUGAGAGAGGAAGGGUGGGUUUUUGACGAUAAAGGACAGCCUAAAAAGAGACUUCCAGAUAUUAAAAUCCCUUCUAGAUUGAAUGUUAUUCUGUUGGAUGAGCACGAGAAGCUUGGAAAUGCAGGACAAAUGAUUUCUGUGAAAGCUGGAUACGCCAGGAAUGUUCUGGUACCUGAAGGAAUUGCUAUCUAUGCAACGGAGGAAAACAAGAAACGAUUUCUUAGCUUUGAUGCUGUGGACGACAGCCCUGAAACGCCUGUGUGUCCGAGAUUUUUAAAGUUUCUGCAAAGUACUCAAUUGAAAAUUCAACGAAAGGAGGGGAGCGAAUUUUUCGAAGUGAAUGAGCAUCAUAUAGCUUUGGAAUACGAAUCACAGUUUGAGCUGUUCGUGCCAGUACACUGUGUAAAACUAGAAGAGCCCAUAACAACAUUUGGAGACUUUGAGGUCAAUAUUGCGGUCAGGGAUAAUGUUCUGGUGCCUAUGAAAAUUACCGUGGAACAAUGGAGCCCUGAUUUGCCAGACUGGGUUGAAGCAGCCUUGAAAACUGAGAGUGAUGAAGAGGAGAAAGUGCAAGCUAAAAGCGACUGACGUUUGGGAAACACAAAAGGGAAUCACUUUGAAUUAUGAAGCUUGAACAUCCCCCCCCCCAUGGGCAUUUGACACUAAAGGCCCUCCUGGGG